UGAAGUAGAUCAUAUGAAAUCCCACACCCACAUGCCUUCACAACAAGCCCAGCAAACCUCCAUGGAUUACCUCCUUCUUCUUCAGCCCAUCCUCGCAAUCUUCUUCGCUCUCUUCCUUCACCAGAUAUGGCUCAAAAUCAAGAAAAGUAAGAAUACAUAUGCCAAGGAAGCACCUGAACCAGGCCGAGCUAUUCCAGUGAUUGGCCACCUCCACCUCCUCUCGGGCAGCAAGCUCCUGCACCACAAGCUGGCUGAGAUGGCCGAUGUGUACGGACCUGCCUUCACACUCAGACUAGGCCGGCGUCGUACGCUGGUGAUUAGCAACUGGGAACUGGCCAAGGAAUGCUUCACCACCAACGACAAGAACUUCGCAAACCGCCCCCGCGACUCUGCAGCAAAACUGUUGGGUUACGACUUGGCUAUGAUCGGUUUUGCCCCUUAUGGUCCAUACUGGAGAGAAACUCGAAGAAUUGCGACUCUACAACUCCUCUCUAAUCGUCGACUUGAAUCCCUCAAACAUGUUCGAUCCUCUGAGGUGGACGCCAGCAUAAGGGAAAUAUAUGAGCUUUGGAAAGAGAAGGAGCGGAGGGCAGUGGAAGUGAACAUUCAGCAAAAGCUGCUCGAUCUGACUUUCUCCACAGUGGUGAGAAUGGUCGCGGGGAAAAGAUUUCUGAGGGAUGGAGAGGAUAACGAAGAGGGGAAACGAUUCAGAGAGUUGAUAGAGGAGCAAUUCUAUCUGGCUGGGACAUCAGUUGUGUCCGAUGCCGUCCCUAUCCUUGAGUGGGUUGAUUUUCAAGGAACUUUGAAAUCAAUGAGACGUGUUGCUAAAGAGGUUGGUGAGAUAGUGGAGGGCUGGGUCUCUGAGCAUCGCAGGAAAAGAGCAACUGGUGAGACUGAGGCAGCACAGGACUUCAUAGAUGUCCUGUUGUCCCUUGUGGAGGAUGGGAGCUACUCUUCAUCCAUCGAUCCAGCCAUUUUCAUCAAGGCCAACGUCGUGAACUUAGUAGCAGCUGCAACAGACACGACGGCAAUUACAAUGACAUGGGCACUCUCUCUCCUCCUCAACAAUCGCCACGCAUUAAGGAGGGCCCAAGCUGAGCUGGACCUCCACGUAGGCAAGGACCGAAACGUGGACGAAUCAGAUGUCAAGAACCUCACCUUCCUCGACGCCAUAGUUAAAGAAACUCUACGACUCUACCCGGCGGGCCCACUCCUGGUCCCGCAUGAAGCUAUCCAAGAUUGCCAUGUGGGAGGAUUUAAUGUAUAUGCCGGGACCCGACUCGUGGUCAACGCAUGGAAAUUACAAAGGGAUCCACGUGUAUGGUCUGAUCCCGAACGUUUCGAUCCGGAUCGGUUCUUAACGAGCCAUGUGGACAUAGACGUAUGGGGAAAAAAUUACGAGUUUAUACCCUUUGGGUCAGGGCGUAGGUCUUGCCCUGGAAUUUCUUUUGCUUUGCACCUGUUGAGUCUAACUCUUGCACGUUUCCUACACGCUUUUGAAUGGGAUACACCUUUCGGUGAAUGUGUUGAUAUGACGGAAGGGUUUGGCCUCACUCUUGCCAAAGCUACUCCACUUCGUGUUGUAUUGACUCCUCGUCUACCUUCUCAUCUCUAUCAAUAAAAUGACAGAGAUGGAGGUCUGCUUUUCUUAUUGAUGAGCUCAUUUUGAAGCCAUUCAAGACUGCCACGUUGGAGGAUUUAAUGUCGAUGGUGGGACCCGUCUACUUGUCAAUGCGUGGAAGUUACAGAGGGAUCCACGUGUAUGGUCAGAUCCAGAACGUUUCGAUCCGAAUCGAUUCUUAACGAGCCAUGUGGGCAUAGAUAUAUGGGGAAACAAUUACGAGUUUAUACCCUUUGGGUCAGGGCGUAGGUCUUGCCCUGGAAUUUCUUUUGCUUGGCACGUGUUGAGUCUCACUCUUGCACGUUUAUUACACGCUUUUGAAUGGGAGACACCUUUCGGUGAAUGUGUUGAUAUGAGAGAAGGGUUUGGCCUCAAUCUUGCCAAAGCUACUCCACUUCGUGUUUUAUUAACUCCUCGUCUGCCUUCUCAUCUCUAUGAGUAAAAACGAGAGAGAGAACGAGGUUUACUUUUGUUUUUGAUGAGCAUGUAUCUUAGUAUGUGGAGUAGGGUAGAUGGGUUUGUAGUCAUGAUCUUGUAUCUCUUUUUAUGGACUAUGUUCGACGGUUUAGAAUGUUG